CCUCAAUAAAACUCUAUGGGAGCUGACUUCUACCUACACACGUAUAGCCAAACCAAGCCAAUCUAUGCAUGCGUUGAUCUUCGCAAGAAGGGACACACUGGUCCGUGUUUGAGCUAAAACCACCACCAUGCUGAUCCGCACGCCGUUCACUGAUCUGGUGUCCGUCCUCACGGAAGCAGAAAGCAACCGCAACUGCCAGAAGCUGUCCAUGCAGCUAGCUCUCUGCCGGGAAGCCUACGGCAUGCACAGGCCCGAAAAGUGCGAAAACGAAUACGAGGACUUCAAGGAGUGCAUCUUUGGCUUCAAGCAGCGUGCACGAGUGAUCAUCAUGCAGCAAGAGCGAGAGAAGCAGUUCAAAAAUGGACAGCGGAAACAGCACUAUGCCGAGAUGCCACCAGUGGAUGGCUUCGCCAUGCGUGACCCAUUCGAGUAAUCCGUUCUUGUGAUGUAGAAAAUAUAUACUGGCUGAACUACUGUUGUCGAGU